AUGUUGGCAUCAAAGCAGGCUAACAAAGAUGAAGAAGGCCAGAACUCCGGUGGUGGUGGUGGUGGUGGCCGGAAAACAUCUUCGUUGAGGCCACCAGAACAGACCCUCAGGUGCCCAAGAUGUGAUUCGCCCAACACAAAGUUCUGCUACUACAACAACUAUAGCCUCACCCAGCCUAGACACUUCUGUAAAGCGUGUAGAAGAUACUGGACUAAAGGUGGUGCUCUUCGUAACGUCCCCAUAGGAGGCAGUUGCAGGAAGAACAAAAAAACGAAAUCUUGUUCUUCCAGGUUUUUAUUGGGUGAGUCUUCCUCCAGAGAUUCAUCUUCGGAUAUGGGAGGGAUGAAAUUCUACGGUCUCUCCUCCAUGGAUUUUCAGCUUGGUGGGUUGAACAGCUUCCCUCCAGCUAGGGUUACAACCACCAACCAAUUCUCUUCUUCAUAUGGAGACACGUCAAGUAUAGUGAAUCUUGAUCCAUUAGGGUUUAAUUUCCCAAUUUCAUCAUCUCAUUUUGUGAUGAAACAAGGAGAUCAUCAUCAACAACAACAACCACAGCUUAAUCAAAGUGGUGGAGGGUUGGCAAGCUUUCAUGAAAUGGGUACAAGUAAUCAUCUUCAUCACCAUAAUGAUCUUGCUUCUUCCAUAGAGUCAUUGAGUUCUAUAAACCAAGACUUGCAUUGGAAGCUGCAGCAACAAAGACUUUCUAUGUUGUUUGGUGGUGGAGGUGGGGGCAGCGGUGGUGGCGGAGAGAUGGAUCAGCAACAGCAGAAGAAACAAGCUGUUCUCGAACCACAGGUUCAGAGAUUACAACCCAUUUUGUUUCAGAAUCUUGAGACUUCAAAACCAACACAAUCCUCUAUGGAUGGUGAUUCAAGAAAAGACACCAGCACCAGUGGUGGUGGUGGUGGUGGUUUGGCAACUGAGUGGUUCUUUGACAGCAGUUAUCCACCUGCGAAUCUGAAUCAAAAUCCGAAUCCGAAUCUGAAUCGGGCGACUCCAACGAACAGCAGCACAGGGAAUGACCAAAAUGGAAGCAUAAACAACUGGAACGGUAUUCAAACUUGGAAUCACUUGAAUCAGUACAGUUCAAUUCCAUAGUUUCAAAUGGCUAAUGAUUUACCAGACAAAGAGAAUAUUAUGAAGCU